CUAUAGAGAGACAGAGAAAGCCAAUCAGCUUCGAUUUUGGCAGUUCCCUGUGAAGAGAAAAGAAACAAUAAUGGGAACCGUUCUCGACUCCCAUUUCCUAGCUCUCACUGCCAUCAUUACCGUGGGUUAUCAGUUGUUCUUCUUCGUUGUUACAGCUCUUCUAAAGUUCGACAAAGUCACUGAUUUCGCUGGCAGCACGAACUUUGUUAUCCUUGCCAUUUUGACUUUGGUUUUGAAAGGCACUUGGCAUUUAAGACAGGUAAUCUUGACUUUGCUUACAGUAAUAUGGGGCCUUCGGUUAGCACUGUUCCUAUUAAUGAGAAUCUUGCAGUGGGGGGAAGACCGUCGUUUUGACGAAAUGCGCUCUAAGUUGUGGAGAUUGGCAGUUUUCUGGGCAUUACAGGCUGUUUGGGUAUGGACUGUGAGCUUACCUGUAACAGUUGUUAAUGCGAGUGACAGAAACCCUUCUCUUCAAGCUGAAGAUAUCAUUGGGUGGAUUAUGUGGUCCAUUGGUUUCACAGUUGAAGCUACAGCAGACCACCAAAAGCUUCUAUUCAAGAACUCUCUGAACAAUAAAGGGAAGUGGUGCAAUGUUGGGCUCUGGAGAUUCUCCCGUCAUCCAAACUAUUUUGGUGAGAUUUUCCUCUGGUGGGGUAUCUUUGUGGCUUCUGCACCAGUAUUAGAAAGCAAUGAAUGGCUUGUAAUCCUAGGACCAAUCUUUCUCACUCUGUUGCUUUUUUUUGUAAGUGGCAUACCAUUACUUGAGGAAUCAGCAGAUAAGAAAUUUGGUAAUUUGGCCGAGUACAAGAUUUAUAAAAGAAAGACUAGCCCCCUCAUUCCGCUGCCCUCAGCUGUUUAUGGGAACCUGCCUGCGUGGUUCAAAGCGGCUGUCCUUCUUGAGUUUCCCCUCUACAGUCGAAAUCUUCCUCAACAUGAAAGAUCCAACUUGUAAGGGGAUUCAUAUCUGUGCAAGGUAUAGAAAAAACCAGAGAGAUGGCAGCAAAGAAUCGAAGAUGCGAUGAACACUUGGAUGAUAUAGUGGGAUUCAUUAAUCACUUGAUGACUUUGGAUUCUACAAUUUUUCCUUACUCUGCUAUGUAUUGGAUCCUGUUGGCCAUUAUGCACUAAGUGCACAUAAUUAAGCUCUUGCUCAGCACAGGACAAAUGUAGAACUGCAGUUUGGAGA